CGUGAAGAGGCCAGUAGGACAAAGUUUCCCAUUGUUUAUAUUUAUUAAAAUAGGUAGGGGGAGUAACUGGUAUAAUAAUUUCGCAUUUAUUUUAAAUAAACUCUGGUUUCACUACAGUAACACGAAAAAAUCUUUCGCCUUUUACUAAAGAUUUCCGAACUUUAAGAAUGAUGACGGUAUUACAUAUGCCAGCGUUGACAGGAGAUUCUUUACGGACGGAGUCGUUGGAGAGGACAGUGAAAGCACAAGGGAAACGAGGAUGCAGUAUGCAGGGAGUUGUAAACGUUUUAAUGAAGAAUGGCGUAUCUGAUACUGACAUCGAAUGGCUGGCGUCUGGACCUCCCGGAUCUUCACAGUACGAUGUGACCUUCAAGACAAAAGAUAAGUGUAUCUCGUUUUUAAAUAGAAUACAAAUGCAAUCAUCUGUGUCUCACCAAGGAGUACAAUACAGAUUUGUAAAGUAUGGAAAGCAAAUUGUAUCGUGUAGAAUUCAUUGGCUGCCAGCAUUCGUUAACGACAAGGUCAUAGCUGAUAUUUUUGAAAAAUUUGGAACUGUUAUGUCGGUCGAAUAUGAUUCUUUGAAAAUAGGAGAUUUUAGUACCCACUCUGGGGUGCGUGUGGUCACGGUGGAGUGUGACAGAGUUCAGCAGGAGUCCAUUCCACACAUAAUUCAAUUUGAGUGUGGCACAAGGGCCUUGAUUACCAUGAGGGGACGGCAGCCCCUUUGUCUCUAUUGCCAAGAGGUUGGGCACGUCCGAAACACUUGCCCCCAAAAUAUCAAUGCCAUUUUUAAAGAAAAAGUAAGUGUUUCAGAAAACAACAAGGACAAUACACCAGAGAAAAAGACAGACGGAGAGAAACAGACAGAUGGUGAGAAACGAAAGGAAACAGAAAAGCAUACAGACCAACCAGCACAGAAGAAGAUUGAUGACGAGGGCUUUGAGACGGUGGGGAGUAAGAAGAAAGGAAAGAGCCAGGGAAGAAAGAAAAAUGGAGAGAAUAUACAAGAAAUGGAUGUAGAAACAGAGAAUGACAGCAGCGAGGAUGUGGGGAGCCGGUGCUCGGGUUGUCAUCCUGGGUCAGAGAGAGAGAACAACAAAGUGAUACAGUGUUUUGUGUCAUUUGUGUGAUGAGUUUUUGUAUUGAUGUAUUUAUAUAUGUAUCAUCACUGUUAUCAUCAAUGUUCCUAUGAAUCAUUUCAAUCAUAUAUCAUAUACUGUGUAACCCGGUCAUGGGCUCAUCUCAUUUCAUUCAUUGAAUUUCAUUAUCACUCAUGUUUCAUCACUAUGUAUAUACGCUAUACCAUUGCCUCAUUUACAUUCAUGUAGGACAUAGGAACACUGUACUAAUCUUUCUUGCGUAUUGAGUUUCAUUUCAAAAAAUAUAUUUCAUAUUAUACAUGCUUUUUCACACUUGUUCAGGCUUAACUGGAUGGUGGGGUUGAGGCGGGUGAGUAGUUGUACCGAAGGCUGUCACGUGCCUCAACUCCAUCAUCCAGGGCAGCUGUAGACUAUAUAUCAUGAUCCUGGCGGACCAUCACAGGAAGUGCCCGUGCAUGAUCUGAGGUGGUUCGCUGGGAACCACAUUUUAUUUCAUUAUAGUUUUUUCAUUUAAAUGUACAACCUUAUAUGUUUCUUUUCGUUAUUCUUUACAAUUAUUAAGGAAGUGUGGAUACAUUACUCGUUUUAUAAUCAAGGAUAUAAACUCAAUACAUAAUACUAAUAAAGACCCGCUUAAAUUUAAGAUGGUGACUUUUAUUUGUUAAAAGCUAUCAUUGUGUUCUGUUUUACAAUAACAUCAUAUAAAUUUUACAAUAAAAUCAUAUAAUCGUGCAGACGUGAACAAAGACUGGAAUAUUAAUUAAACGUGCAGACGUGCAAAAGACUGUUUGUAAAUUGUGAAAAACAUAAUUUUGUUUCUUAUAACUUGGUUAAUCUUGUUAAAUAUUAUAAUAAGUCACCA